AUGGAUGAACGUGAUAAAUUAAUUAUCACUAUAGUCUUUAGUGUUAUUGGUUUUAUAUCAAUUAUUAUAAUUAUUUGCUUUGUAACUUGGUUUAUUCUUCGUCGUAAAACAAAUUCAACAAAUCAAAAUAAAAGUCUUUCAAUGCCAUAUCGACAACAAUAUGAACAUUCACAAAAUAUAUUAAUAACUAAAUAUGAUAGUAAUAAACGAAAGAAAAGAAAACGAAGAUUUAAUACAAAUGAUUCAUCAAUAUCAUUAUCAUUUAAUCCACCACAUUUAAUUAAUCAAAAUGUAAAAAAUUUAAAUAGAUUACUUUCUCUUGAAUCUUCCUUACCAAUUAAUAUAUGGCAUCAUGAAGAUACAUCAUCAACAACAAAAACAAAUCAUUUUGAUCGUUGUUAUACUAAUCCAAUAAAUGAACCUAUUUAUAUGUCAUCAUCAUCAUCAUCUCUAUUUACACCGAUAUCUAAUCCAAAUACAGAUAUUCAAUCAUAUCAACAAUUAAAUUCUUUACAUUUUCAUAUAUUAAAUGAACUUAAUCAUGAUCUAUGUUUAAAACAAGAACAAAGACCAACUAAUGGUUUAAGAUAUUCUCAAAGUUGUCGUCAAACAAAUGAUCCAUUACCAUUUGAUUAUUAUCGUUCAAUAAGACCAUCAAUUAUGACAAUAAAUGAAAAUCUAUUAGAAAUAAAUCGUAAUCGAACAAUUAAACAUUCAAAUACAACAUUAAUGCAUAAAGCACAUAUAGCACAAUUAAGAGAUGAUACUGCUAUUUUGUAUUAA